CUCCGUCACAGCUGUAGCGGAGCUCAAGCGCAACGAUUGCCACUCCCGACAACCCCAAAUAACUCCUCCAGACACCUCCAUUGGACUCAUUCGCCGUAUUUUCUCUAACCGACUCGCCCACAAAUUGCGAGUUUGUGUCCUGCCCGCACCGGUUACUGCUUGCGCACACCCACACCCUAUCAUCCCUCCCACCUUGACCAUUCCCACACCAAAUCACACCUUGCAAUGCUGCCCCUCGGUCUCCUCACGGCCGCACAGGGCCACCCUAUGCUGGUCGAGCUGAAGAACGGCGAGACUCUGAACGGCCAUCUGGUCACCUGCGACAACUGGAUGAACCUGAUCCUGCGCGAAGUAGUACAGACCAGUCCCGAGGGCGACAAGUUCUUCAGAUUGCCUGAAGUUUACAUCCGCGGCAACAACAUCAAAUACCUCCGUGUCCCCGACGAAAUCAUCGAUAUUGUGAAAGAGCAACAACAGAAUCAACCACAGAACCGCCGCGGUGGUCACGGACGAGAUGGGGACCGUGGGCGAGGCCGUGGUGGCCGUGGUGGUCGGGGCCGGGGUCGGGGUGGACGCGGUGGUGGUGAUCGCGGCGGUCAAUGAGCAACACUCUACGAUGGACGAAUUGCAUGACUGAGAACCUAAGUUGAGUAAAUAAGAUACCCCGCAGCAGAGAGUGGGUAUGGUCGCUCGCUGGGAGGUCCCCCGUGUUGGACGAGCAUGGCCGUGGCGUAUCUGGCUCUGUUUUUUUUUUUUUUUUUUUCAGUGGGAAUCUGGGUUUCUGGAUCGGUUCGCGGUCUACGAAUAUUACAUAUUGAAAACCCUGAA